CCAGACAACCUCAACCCACCCCCUGAGCCAUGGAUGAACCACGACUUACCACCUCCACCACCUAGCCCAAAUCACCACGAUCUACCCCCACCACCACCACCACCUAACCACAACCCACAUAACUUACCGCCACCACCUCCCAAUCCAAAUCCACAAAACCCAUAUCCACCGCCUGAACCACCAGUACCUACUCUAGCUCAGCUGAUGGCCAACCAGAACCAGUUCAUGGAAGCUAUGGGCACACCGCACACUGCUCAUAGCUCACCAAGCCCCACACCACGGCGUCAAUGGCUACCGUCGCGAUCCACACCCAGAAACCCUCACUCGCAAGAUCGAGGGGUUCAUCAAGCUGAGGCCUCCCACCUUUGACUUCACUGAAGACCCACUGGAAGCAGAAGUCUAGCUAAGAGAAAUUGAGAAGAAGCUAGACCUCCUGACAUGCACCGAUGAGGAAUGUGUGGCCCUCGCCACUCACCAGAUGACCGGCGCUGCACGAGCCUGGUGGGACAGCUUCUGUGAAACCCAUCCAGACCCUGCUAGCAUCUCAUGGGAUGAGUUCACCACUGCCUUCCGUGAGUUCUGUGUCCCCUAAGGAGAUCCUGGUUCACAAGGCAGAAGAGUUUCGCAAGCUCAAGCAGGGGACUCAGCGCGUUCAGGAAUACGCGAGUGUGUUCACCAAGAUGAUGAGGUAUGCUCCAGAUGAGACCAGUACAGACAAGAAGAAGCAGUAUUGGUUCAAGCAAGGGCUCCAUCGUGCGCUCAGAACUCACCUCGCCACCCAUGACUUUCCCUCGCUCUGCCACAUGGUGAGCAAAGCAAUCGUUGUUGAAAGGGAGAGGUUGGACUAUGAGGACAGUGUGGGGUUUAGGAGGAAGCGCACUGGUCCCCCGAACCGCCUAGGGCCAUCUCAGCGCCCUCAGACCGGGCUACACCAGUCCAGCAGAGGCACACCCUGCCCCAGCGCUAGUGUGCCCAGCCCCAGCUAUGGGAACACCAGUUACCAGAACCCGAGCUACCCAAAGCCAGCAGCUUCACAUCAAGCAGUUAGUGUGGCAAGGCCAGCAGCCCCGGCUCCGUCCUCAGGAAGCUCGUUCAUCUUCACUUGCUUCGCGUGCAGAAACCCAGGCCAUCGUGCAGCAGACUGCCCCAGCAGGAGGCAGCCAGUGUACCUGCGUCCUAGACAGUACCAGACUCCGGCUAAGUCACCAGCAACCGGAGGCACCCCUCAAGCCAGUCAGGUGCGUGUACCUCCGCCAGCAGCAAGAGGAAGGCUGAACAACCUGACCACCGAGGACGCUGCAGACGCCUCCGACGUCGCGCUCGAAGCGAGGUCACGAGAGACCUGAAGACCAAAUUGGAGAAGUACCUGGAGUUGCACCCAAAAAGGUUAAGAACAGGUACCAUCGAAGGAGAAUCAUGAAGAUGAGUUCGGAGAGAUCUAGGCCGUCGUCUCCCAGUCAACUAUGUUGGUGCGGAGGAUCGUCAUUAACAUGUGGUGUAUCUUAUUUAGUUAUUUUGUACAGAACUCCGAUUAUUUAAUAAAGAUAUGACAUUGAUUUC